CAUAUUUGACUGCUAGCUAGGCACACAUAUUCGCUUCCUCUGUCUGAGCAGGUCUGUUUACGGUGUUUGUGAAGACUGUUGUUCAUCACAUAGGGCGUGUAAUUUUACAGGUUGGUUAGCGAUUUCUUUGCUGUCUCUAAAAUAUGUCGGCUAAUGGAUCUGGACCUGGAGAAGACUCCACAGAUGCAAGGCGAGGCGAUGGACAACAGUCAGGGGGAUCUUCGUCUCUUCCUAUGGACGUGGAUGCCAAGCCCCACUCCGACAGCUACAGAUACAGCCUCAAUUUCCCCAGCAUCGGCCAGUGCAUCAUCAUCAACAAUAAGAACUUUGACAGGAGAACAGGCAUGAACCAGCGAAAUGGUACAGAUGUAGAUGCAGCCAACGUGAUGAAAGAGUUUGGCAAACUGGGCUAUAAAGUGAAGAUUUACAAUGACCAGACAGUCGAGCAGAUGAAACAGGUUUUAACUGCUGUGUCAAAGGAAGAUCACAGCUGCUCGGCCUCCUUCAUCUGUGUUCUGUUGAGUCAUGGAGAUGAGGGUGUGUUCUUUGGGACAGAUGGCUCCAUAGAUCUUAAGUACCUCACAUCACUUUUUCGAGGUGACCGCUGCAAAUCACUAGUGGGAAAGCCCAAACUCUUCUUCAUCCAGGCUUGCAGAGGCACUGAUCUGGAUCCAGGCAUUGAAACCGACAACCCUGGAGAUGGUACUACCAAGAUUCCUGUGGAAGCUGACUUCCUCUAUGCCUACUCCACAGCCCCAGGCUACUACUCAUGGAGGAACACGAUGACCGGGUCCUGGUUCAUCCAGUCACUGUGUGAUAUGAUCAGAAAAUAUGGAAAGGAAUUGGAGCUCCAGCACAUCAUGAUACGAGUGAACCACAAGGUGGCAGUAGAGUUUGAGUCUGUCUCCAACUCACCAGGUUUUCAUGCAAAGAAACAAAUUCCAUGCAUUAUGUCAAUGCUGACCAAAGAGAUGUAUUUUUCUCCUUGAUGUGGUCUUCACAUCAGAAGACUUCAGUGUGGCAGAGCUUCAUCUGCAGGAGAAAGGCUUGAGGAUGUGUAUGAAAGGAUCUUGUGUGUGUGAUUUAUUUUAGUUUAUACAUUCUGACUGAAUAACUCUUAAAAACCUCAGUUUACAGUUUUCUGGCAGAACAGAUGUGGUGCAAAAUUAUGUUACAUUUCACAAGCUUAGGAUAAGGUUCUUUCUGUGUGGGGUAAGGCAUUUCAGCUUUUUAAACUCUGAAAAUUAUGAAAGUGUGCAGAUAAAAAAUUUAACUGACCUUACCUCUUUGCUGUUUACACUAUACAUAUUUCAGGGAAAAAUAUUGGGAGCCAGUUUGAUAGGAAGUUUGACCUUCUUUAUCUGUUUAAUCAUGAGAUCAUCGAUGGUCUAACCCUAACCCUAACCCUUACUGCCCUCCAGCACUAGCAUUCUUAUGAAUCAUCAGCAGUUUAACUGAGUCUAAGCAAGGUCUAUGAGGUCUGUCAUUAAGGGAUUAUGUGUAUAAUUUCUGUGCCUGUUUUUUUUAACAUUCUUGUUUGUAUCCUGUCUUUUUUUUUCUUACAUUAGUGAGUCAUUAUAGACAUCUGCUGUCAGCCAGUGAAUUGGUACCUGAUGAGUUGUGCUGAACCCAAAUGAAUUCAGUCACUAAAUGAACUCACUUUCACUCAGUGGGUAAAUUAAAUGAUGCUGUUAUGUAGCACAUUCAGGAGCAUCCAGUAAGCUAUCAGGUGUUUUGUUAGUUUUAUGGCUAAGAAUGAAAUUUUGUAUGUUUUUCAUGAUAGAUUUUCUAAACAUGGAUUUCUCUGAAUGAACUUUUGCCUGUGAAUUCUUAUAUUAGUGGGGACAUAGGCUUCUUUAUAGCCUGCAUGAGUAAAGCUAGCCACCCUGCAUUAUGCCGUUAAUUGAGGUAUAUUUUAAUGAGUUUUUUUAUACUUGAACUCAACUUUAUAUUUGGUACUUAGCUGUGGUUCAUGCAUAUCUUGUGGUUUUUAAAGGAUGUAACAGUAAAUUGGACACCCUUUUGCUUUGCUUUAAUAGUUACUCUCAUAGCACUCUUGGGAAACGGAAUCAAACCUUUAUCUGUAACCAUCAGCACUUUUUUGAUUUUUAAUCAAGCACAAUUUGACAAUCCAGGUCCUGGUCAUUUCUGAGUGAAAUGAGUGUUGAAUUUUAACAGCAAACUAGCUGAAAUCACUUAAGCAGUGACAAUGAACUUCUUAAAGUUUUAUCAAUAUCCUACAGUUUGCUAUGAACAUCACUGGCCAUUUUUUUGCCAUAUCACUGUUUCAUAAAUACCUGCCCCAGGAACUGGUAUAAUAUUUUUCUUGAGAAAUAAAGAGCAGUUUUCCCUGU